AUGGUGCGCGUGGAGUUAUCGAAACUUCUGCAGCUGCAAACGGAAGCGAACAGAGUGCGUAACAUUUGCAUUCUGGCACACGUGGACCACGGAAAGACGACACUGGCCGAUAGUUUGAUUGCAAGCAAUGGCAUCAUUUCUACGCGACUGGCAGGCAAGCUGCGAUACAUGGAUAGUCGCCCCGAUGAGCAGGAGCGUCAGAUAACGAUGAAGAGCAGCAGCAUUGCAUUGUACUUUCGACAGGAUACAAAAGGAGCGCUCGCAUCCGAGGAGGAUUUUUUGGUAAACUUGAUUGAUUCGCCUGGUCACGUUGAUUUCAGCAGUGAAGUGUCAACCGCAAUCCGGUUGUGUGAUGGGGCCAUCAUAGUCGUCGAUGUAGUAGAGGGUGUGUGUCCCCAGACGCGCGUGUGUCUCCAGCAAGCGUACAACGAGCAGCUUUCAACAGUGCUACUGUUGAAUAAAAUUGACCGGUUGGUGUUGGAAAAACGUCUGGAUCCCACCGAAGCAUACCGUCACCUGGAACGGGUACUGGAGCAGGUUAACGCGGUUGUAGGAAACCUCUUUGCCACGGACGUCCUGGCCAGGGAGCAAAUUAGCAUGACUGCUGAUCAAACGUCCGCCCUCGAAGAGGCAGAUGAUUCGUUUCUCUAUUACUCCCCCCAGCAAGGCAAUGUUCUGUUCGGAUCCGCGCUCGAUGGAUGGGCUUUCGAUCUGGCCACGUUUGCACAAUUUUACCAUGGAAAACUGGAAGGAGUAACGGACAACCGCGAGCUGAUGAACGCCCUGUGGGGUGACUAUUUCUACUCGCCGCGACGAAAAGCGAUUGAACCUGGCGCCACCGAAAAGGGUCGUAAGCCGCUCUUUGUACAGCUGGUACUGGACAACUUGUGGAACAUUUACGGACUGGUUGAAACGCGAGACGAAACAAAACUGCGAGCAUUUUCCGAGCGGUGUGGCGUAGUGCAGAGUCCUCGUGAUUUGCGGCAUGCGGAUGGUCGUGUUCCUGUGAAGAAUCUUCUUUCCGGCUGGUUGCCAAUAGAACGUUCACUACUACGGGCAGUUUGUCAAACUGUUCCUGAUCCAGCUGGCAUCACCGAUAUGAAAGCCGAAAAAUUACUAUGCUCUCGGUUGGUUGAUUUCGAAUCGUAUCCCCCCGAAACACAAGCCCUCAAGCAGGACAUCAUGCGCUGUGACGCCGACAGUGAGCGGUUGAUCGUGUUUGUAUCGAAAAUGUUCCCGAUUGAUCAUGGUGCUUUGGCGGGAGCUAAGGACACGUUGGAACGGUUAGCGAAAUCGCUUUCCAUCAGUGGCCCCGAUGAUGAUGGAGGGUCAGUAGAUGGGUCUGGUGGGUCAUCAGAAAUAUUUCUUGCUUUCGCACGGGUUUACAGCGGAACUCUAAAGAGAGGAUCUCGCGUGUUUGUCAUUGGGCCUAAGUACGAUCCCCGUACAAUGCAGUUGGACGCCGAAGUAGCAUCAACUCCGCAUCUUGUAGAGGUUGAAAUCGACAGCCUGUUCGUGCUGAUGGGUCGGCAGCUCGAACCGGUCGAUUCCGUGCCGUCGGGGAAUAUUGUGGGCAUUGGGGGAUUGCAAAAUGUGGUCCUGAAGACGGCGACGCUUAGUAAUUCUCGGUACUGUCCACCCUUCGUCGAUCUACCUCUGAUUGCGACACCAAUCCUGAGGGUGGCAGUUGAGCCGAAGGAAAUUUCAAAAAUGCCUCAUCUGGUACGAGGCUUAAAGCUACUUAAUCAAGCUGAUGCUUGCGUCGAAGUACGAGUGCAAGAAACCGGCGAGCAUGUUCUGCUCACGUUGGGUGAGGUGCAUCUCGAGCGUUGCAUCAAGGACUUGCAGGAAACGUACGCCAAGAUCGAACUUAAUGUAUCGAAACCAAUUGUUCCGUUCAAAGAAACGAUUGUACCAUUCGUGUCAACUUCGGAGGACAACGCCGAGGAGGAAAUCGCGAAAGAUCGCGAGAAGGACAAAUCCGUGACACUUCAGACACCGAAUAGGCAGUGCACGAUCAAGCUGGUGGCUGUGCCGCUUUCGCAGGAAGCAGUAGAUCUUCUAAAUGACAAUGAAACCGUGAUGAAAGCGUACGUUCGCAUACACGAAGCGAAACAGUCGUUGCCACAAGCACUGCAAGAAUCGAUUGCGGAAUUACAAAACAACCUAAGGAAAUUACUGCCGGAUACAAUAUCUUUCGAACGCAUAUGGUCAUUUGGUCCGAAGAAGUGCGGCACUAACUUGUUAGUCAAUUGUACUGAUUUCAAGCACACAUCCGUGUGGCAUGAACUUGGAUCUGGUCAGGGAGCAUCGAACGAUCCGCGAGCACAGUAUGAGUCAUCUUUUCUGAACGGAUUUCAAAUGGCCUCUCUGGCCGGUCCACUUUGUGAUGAACCGAUGCAGGGUGUUUGUUUUAUGGUGGAACGUUGGGAACUUGAUACAACGAUUGGUGUAGACCUAGCAUCUGUUGCCUCACAUGGACCACUCUCUGGACAAAUAAUGUCCGCCGUGAAAGAAGGAUGUAAGAAAGCAUUUUUGAAUCAACCUCAACGUUUGGUUCAUCCGAUGUAUAGCUGCAGCAUAACCGUCAAUUCCGAUGUUCUCGGAAAGCUGUACGCCGUGAUCGGACGUCGGCACGGGCGCAUCCAGUCAGCUGACUUGAUCGAGGGCAGCGGCCAGUUCGACGUGACCGCUGUGAUUCCAGUGAUCGAGUCGUUUAACUUCGCAACUGAAAUCCGCAAGCAAACGUCCGGCUUGGCAAUGCCACAGCUCGUGUUCAGCCACUGGGAGAAGGUCGACAUCGAUCCACAUUGGGUGCCGUCAACGGAGGAGGAAUACCUGCAGUAUGGCGAGAAGGCUGACUUCACGAAUGUGGCCCGGGUUUACAUGGACGCGAUCCGUGAGCGUAAGGGUCUGCCGGUGGAGAAGAAGUUGGUGGAAUUUGCGGAGAAACAGCGCACACUUUCCAAGAACAAGUAGCAAGUG